AUGGUCGCCGCCUCCGGCAUCGCGCCGCCGCGGGCCGCCGCCGCCCUCCCCGCCGCGCGGGCGCGCGCCGCGCACCGGCUCGGCUUCCUCCGAUCCCACUCGCAGCUGGCGGCGCCGGCGAAGCUCCGGUGCUGCGCUUCUGCCACUGACGACGGCGUCGUCGAGACGGCUGCCACCAAGCCCCGCCCCCCGAGGGUGGCCGGUAUGGGUUCGAAGCUCGUUGGAUGCGGCUCGGCCGUUCCAUCACUUACCAUCUCAAAUGAUGACCUCUCAAAAGUGGUUGAAACGUCAGAUGAGUGGAUCGCAACGCGGACCGGGAUUCGGAGCAGACGAGUUCUUUCAGGAGAUGAAACACUGGGAGGGCUUGCAGUUCUGGCAGCACAAAGGGCUCUUGAGAUGGCUCAAGUAAGACCUGAAGAUGUCGACCUUGUUCUGUUCUGCACAUCUACUCCAGAUGAUCUAUUCGGAGCUGCUGGUCAGGUGCUGGCGGAGCUGGGGUGCAGCACAAAGACACUUGGCUUUGAUAUCACCGCUGCCUGUAGUGGAUUCAUUAUUGGUUUGAUUACAGCUACUCAGUUUAUCAAAGGUGGUGGUAAUUAUCAGAAUGUCCUAGUAGUUGGUGCAGAUGCUCUUUCACAAUAUGUGGACUGGACAGACAGAGGUACAUGCAUCCUCUUUGGUGAUGCUGCUGGUGCUGUUUUGGUCCAGGCAUGCAGUCCUGAAGAAGAUGGCUUGCUAGGUUUUUGUGCUCAAAGCGAUGGCAACGGGCAAAAGCACCUGCAUUGCUCAGGCUCGAACGCUGAGUCGAUCUUGUCCAAGACCAAUGGCGUCCCUGGUUUCCCACCAAAGAAGGGGACUUUCUCGUGUAUUGAAAUGAACGGAAAAGAAGUUUUUCGCUUUGCUGUACGUUGUGUGCCACAGUCCAUUGAGAAGGCACUAGAAGAGGCUGGCCUACCUGCCUCCAGUGUUGAUUGGUUGUUGCUUCACCAAGCUAACCAGCGGAUUAUCGAUGCUGCUGCUACUCGGUUGUCAAUCCCAUCAGAAAAGGUUAUUUCUAAUCUUGCUAAUUACGGCAACUCCAGUGCGGCAUCAAUUCCAUUAGCAUUGGAUGAGGCUGUUCGUGGCGGGAAGGUGAAGAAGGGUGAUAUUAUCGCGGCAUCGGGUUUUGGUGCUGGACUUACCUGGGGUUCUGCUAUUGUCAAAUGGGGCUAACUGUUUUUGCGCGGCGAACAAUCACAACAAAUCAAACACCGGUUCCGAAGCUUUUGCCUGUAUGGCUCUAGGUUUUAAGCCUUUACAGGGUGAUUUACCCUUUCACUGCCUGGUAUAUUUUCUUUUAUACUGUUCUUGCGCAUGAACACAGUGGCACUUUGCCUUAUUCAUCCAUUCCUUUGGCAGUUUGGUCCGUUGCGCAGCUUGGUUGUCAUUGCGGUUAUUGGUUAGCUGUGAGUUUGUAUAACUACUACUAGUUCUCUGUAGUAGUAGCAGUGGUGUGCGGGAGCAUUUUGCAUGUUGGAUGAGGAAUUGAAAGGAGAUUAUUACAUUGUAAAGUGGUAAUGGGCCUCCUUAGCAAGGUUUUCUCUGGCAUUUC